AUGGGCAAUGCACCGAAAGAGGAAGAAAAUGCCAUUGGCUUGGAGGAAAUCCACAUGGAGAGACAAGAACCCCCAAAAGGGAAGAAGACAUUUACAGUGGAAGAAGCUGUGGAAACCAUUGGGUUUGGGAGGUUCCACAUCAUGCUUUUCCUGAUCAUGGGCAGCACUGUGGUGGCUGAAGCCAUGGAGAUCAUGCUGAUAACUGUUGUGUCCCCUCUCAUCCGAUGCGAGUGGCGGCUUCAAGAUUGGCAGCUGGCUUUAGUGACAAUGAUGGUGUUUUUUGGCUACAUGGUCUUCAGCAUAGUGCUCGGGCUCCUGGCCAACAGGUAUGGCCACUGGAAGAUUCUGCUACUAUCAUUCCUCUGGGCAGCCUGUUUCUCCUUGCUGACCUCAUUUGCUCCAUCCUUCGUCUGGUUUGUGUUCCUGCGGGCCAUGGUAGGCGGUGGCGUGUCAGGCCAUGCGCAAGGGCUUAUAAUAAAAACAGAAUUUUUGCCCAUCAAAUACCGAGGAUACAUGCUGCCCUUGUCUCAGGUGUUUUGGUUGGCAGGAUCCUUGUUAAUCAUUAGCCUGGCAUCAGUGGUGAACCCAAUGACCGGCUGGCAGUGGCUGAUCAGAAUUGCCUCCAUCCCAGGCAUCCUUCUCAUCCUAAUGUUCAAGUUCAUCCCAGAGUCGGCGCGGUACAACAUAUCCAUGGGAAAUGUGGCAGCUGCCCUGGCCACACUGCAGGGGAUAGCCAAGAUGAACAGGGUGAUGCUGCCUGAGGGAACGCUGAGGGAGCCCACCAAGGAAAGGAGAGGAAGGUUCAAGGACCUCAUCCACCCCAAAUACCUCAGAACCACUUUGCAGAUAUGGAUCAUACGGCUUGGCAUAGCGUUUGCUUACUACAGUGUCACCUUGGCCAGCGCUGAGUUAAUGGAACGGGACCUGGUGUGUGGCUCUGCGGUAGCACUGGCACAGGACCCAGGCGGUGACUCGGAGGAGAGCCACAGCCCCUGCCACUGCCGCCUCUUUGGGCCUGCUGCCUACCACACCAUGAUCAUCAGCACAGCCGGAGAGAUCGCACUAAAUCCUUUGAACAUUCUUGGCAUCAAUUUCCUAGGAAGACGACUGAGCCUGUGUAUCACCAUGGGAUGUACGGCCCUAUUCUUUCUUCUCCUGAAUAUCUGCACCUCCAGCACAGGAAUGACUGGGUUUCUCUUCAUGCUGCAUGCCCUGGUUUCAGCAAACUUCAACACCAUCUACAUUUACACAGCAGAGGUUUAUCCCACAAUGCGAGCCCUGGGGAUGGGAACAAGUGGGUCAUUGUGCCCUAUUGGAGCUAUGGUGGCCCCAUUUAUAUCACAAGUUCUUAUGAAUGCUUCCUUCAUCGGGGCCCUGUGCCUUUUCUCAUCUGUGUGUGUGGUGUAUGCCAUUUCCGCGCUCAUGCCCAUCGAGACCAUGGGCAGAGCACCACAGCAAGUAAAAUGA